GACAACGCUUCAUGUCUUGGGAUAUGGCUGGAUCCACGUCGAACUUCGCAUUCUCCCCGAUGGCCUCGCCAUCGGGGUCUUCACGGGGAGUCUUCACUCCAACAUCAUCAUCAGCAUCAUCAUCAAGCGAUAGGGAUACCAGAACAACCCCAACCUCCCACCAGACCCCUCCCAUCUCGCAAGUCCAGAGAACAUCGCCGACACCCACAUCUCUAUUUGGGAAUCUCAAUAUCAAUAGCACAGGGACUAGAGAUCCAGCAGAUGCCACGAAUGGCGUUAACAGGAGAGAUCCCUUCAGCACAUACAGGGACCCAGAAGUCCAAUCUACAUCUACCCGCGAUGCCACCGAACGUCCGUUUACGUCCGUUGUGGAUCUAACAGAGGGGGAAGAUCAAGUAGAUGAGACACUAUCUCGUCGGACGUCGAUGGAGGUGGACGAUCGAACAGACACCCCUCAUAACGAACCACUUCCCCCGGCGCCAAUAUACAACAGUCAGCUGCAAGAUGGGUUGAGCGAAGUCAAGAGCCUGCUCGCGGGGAUAGCAAAUACAAUGCGCCUGUCGGAAUUGACUGACGACCCAAACACCAGUCUUCACAAGUUGUACAAUGAGACAAAAAAGGCGAGCGAGUUCAGAUACCCGGAGACUCGGACGGUAGGGCUCAUCGGGGACUCGGGUGUUGGAAAGAGCUCAGUGAUCAACUCACUUCUCGACCAGGCAAAUCUCGCGCGCUCGAGCCGAGACGGAUCAGCGUGCACCUGUGUGGUAACCGAAUUUCGACACUCGGGCAACGACCACGAUCCAUACACAAUCAAAGCCGAAUUCAUGAACCCGGACGAAGUGAAAGAACUGCUUGAAGAGCUGCUGCAAAGUGUUCGCCAGUUUUACACCCACUCCCUCUACCAGCAGCUUAGAUCCGCCGAAGAGCGGGCGAGCUGUCGAGAGAAAUCCGAUCGCGCGUGGGAAGCGCUGGAGUCCCUGUUCAAAAACGAGGCUGAAAUGAGUCUCGAAUACGUAUCGCGCGACGAGGAAGGCGCGGAGCUGGCUAUUCUGAACCAGCUCGAGAGGUGGGCCCUUCUGGGUUCCGCCCAUCGACCGGGGGGGCCGAACAAUUUGGAGCAUACGGUAGUGUGUGCUUGCUUGGACGAAUGCAAGCAGCAGCUGGACCUUCUGACGGCCGAUUCACCGGAGGAAAACCGGCCUGCCCUGUGGCCGUUUAUUAAAUUGAUCAGAGUGUAUCUGGACGCGACCAUCCUGCGUACAGGCCUGGUCCUGGCAGAUUUACCAGGGUUACGAGAUAUGAACUACGCAAGGGUUCGAGCCACAGAACACUAUCUCAACCACAAGUGCGACGAGGUGUUCAUUGUGACCAACAUCACUCGAUGCAUAACCGACCAAUCCAUCCCCGAUAUCAUCGGCAGAUGCAGGGAGAGCCAGCCGCGGCGCAUUAUCUGCACGAGAUCAGAGGACGUCUCCCCCGAAGAAACCGCCCGUGGACAAUUGCAGAUAGCUCCGCGCGUACGUGAAAUGAACCGAGGCAUCGACCGAAUCAAAGAGCAACAACGAGAUGCCAGUAUUCGGAAGAAGAGGGCCGUCGACCCGGAGAAGACACAAAUUGUUCUGGAACAAGCGAGCUUGAGAGAGCGAAUGGAAGCGCUCGAACUGGAGAGAACUCAAUUGCUGGUCCGGGAGCGGAUCACGCGAAUCACGCGCGAACUGGCCAGCAAAUACCGAAACGAGCGUGUCUUUUGCGUCAGCAACUCCCUAUACAGGGAGUACCACGAUGAUCAUGAGGAACACGCGGAAGCGUAUCUUCAGCUCAGCGGGGUUCGACAGCUUCGCAGCUAUUGCCAGCUGGUUCCAGCGGAUGCCCAACUACGCGCCACGUCCGCUUUUCUGAAUCAUCAAGUACCCGCACAUCUGAUGUCGCUGCGCCAGUGGGCGCUAUCAGGGGCCGAUUCCGUCACGGUCGAAAAAGCUGCCACUCUUCGACGGGUGCUAGGGGAUGUGGAAGCGACGCUCCGUCAGGAUUUCAUGUCGCGUGAAGCACCUCUCCGAAAUACACAAAAAAACGUGGACCGUUUAUUUGAUCAAUAUAUCCUCAACAGUAUCCGAACUCGCGGCAGCGCAUGGACAGCACAUUCUGUACGAGUGAGCGAGGAAUGGAGAGCAUGGGCCCACGGGACCUACGCAGCGUGGUGUCGCAAAUUUGGAACCCACCGAACCAAGACACAAGAGUACUGCUGCUGGAACGAUGCCUUGAUCCAGAACCCGCGAGACUGUCUUGGCCCAGGCUGGGAUCGAAUUGUUGACCAUCUGGAAUCCAGCAUAGAGUCACUGGGUUCAGAUACCUCUCGGGCUUUUGGGAGAAUGCAGUGUGUACUGGCAGAGCAUCAGAAUCUAGCUCCCCAGGCCCUUGGAAACCUCCUGACUGGGGUGGAGGCCAGACAGAAGUGCAUCGCAGAUGAGAUUCAAUAUGCCUUUGCCAACAUUGUUCACAAUGUGUACCUCAUCAGAAGAGACAUGCUUUUUGGGCACGCGAGUUCCGUCAUGACAGGUCUCAUGCGCUCUGCGUAUAUCUCCUGCAAUAGUGCGUCAGGGACAGGAAGUGACAAAAUCCGCAAAGAUACCAUCCGCGAUCAUCUGAUACACUCUCGACUUUUCGCCCGCUACCUGCACAUCAAUCGAGAGAUGUAUCAGUCUGCCACGGUAGAGCCGUUCGUCGCUUUAGAGAAGAAGGUCCAUAGACAGGUGCAGAGGGUUAUCAGAGACGUGCAGGCGGCGGUAGCUGCAGAUGGGGAGGCUCCAGAGGCGGAACAGGCUCCGGCAUUGGCGGAAGAAAUGCGCCGUCGGGUGAGUUGUGCCCUGGAAAGUGUGGCACGCGUUCAGGCUGUUCUGGAGGGACUGGUCUCGUACUGAGGAGGCUUACUCCGUUGUCUUUGUGCUGAGUGGGUCCGAGACUGGGGUAUAAACAUGUGUAGUAUGUGGGACUUUCAACGUACAAAUUGCGAAGCAUUGAUAUUAUUA